AUGGCAGAGGUAUUUGAUAUGUUAAUGGGUGUGAAUGCAAGAAAACUCGAAUGGAAUUUUCAGGUUUAUGUUGUCCAUCUAUGGGAAGUUCCAAAUAGAUUCAAUGAAAAAGAGAUCAAUGGCAUAGAGAUAGUUCUUCAAGAUAUUCAGGGUGGAAGGAUCCAAGCCUCAAUCCCUAAACCUCUACUAAAGAAAUGGAGAGGUAAGAUUGUUGAGUUCAAGAUGUACAUCAUGACCCAUUUCAUUGUGGUCGACAAGAAGGAAAAAAUCAAGACAACCAACAAUAGAUGGUCCUUAAGUUUUUCACAUAGGACCACAGUUCAGCCAGUUUCUAAACCAAGUUAUCCUCUUGAAGCAUUUAGCUUUAAGCCCAUUCCGGAGCUGCUUGCUGCUGACAAGCUGGAAGAUUCAGUUCUAAUCGAUGUCAUAGGGGAAGUGGUUUGCAAGGAGGAUCCAAGAGAACUCAUAACUAGCAAAGGAAGAGAGACUAAAAGAUUGGCUGUCAUUCUUGAGGACCUUGAGUGA